UUUGCUUGUAGGCUAGUAGUUCCCUGCUUUAGACGAGCAAGCUUUGCUUCACGAUACCUCUUUAACAGGGAACAAACGGAUGACGCGUCUAAGGCCUUACUCUCGGCUAAGGGGAAAACAAGCGCUAAGAACCGAAACGAAAGCGAAAUUACAGCGCACUCAACGGCUGGUCGACAGCUUCAGUCGCAGGCGGCGUUUAGCGAUCGGCUAAGGAGGAACGGAAUGGCCGAGUACCCUUACCUGCUGAACGUGGAGGCCGACUGGCCAAACGUACCGGCCAAAACGAUAACAGCUAAACUUCAGAUUUACUUUCAAAGUAAAAAGAGGUCCCACGGCGGAGACUGCGUCGUACGCUAUUCUGAUCAAAGCAGGACUGCUGCUGUCCAUUUCAAAGCACCAGAGCACCGACUUAAUGUUCUUGCUAAGGGAGAUCACACGGUAACCAUUAAUGAUCAGGAACUGAUACUGGUGGUUCGCGAACCCACUGAUACGGAGAAUCGAACCGAAAACACCAUUAAGUCGAUUAAAGCAGGAAUUCAAGUGACACAUGAUGUUGUUCAGCCAGGUGAGAAAGCGUUUGCCUCGGUCAAAGUACAGCCAUGCUUUGGUCUUGAAGAGAACCAGAGCACCCCCGGAACUGAGGCACUGCCCACGGGCAGAUUGGAGGACCUUCCACAGUCCGCUGCUGUGGUUCUCGAGAAAAUUCCGCGCAACCUUUCCAGGGAAAUUGUUGUGCUUUUGGUGGAGAAUAUAAGUGGCCUUUCUGAAGAGGAAUUCCUACUGGAGUUAAUUUUUGAAUCAAACACUGCUGUUGUGACUUUCAAUGGCCCCACUGUUGCAGAAAAGUUCCUUAUGGAGAGCAGGGCCAAUAAAAAAUUCCAAGAUUACGGUCUUAAGGGUCGGGCCCUAGAAAACAGUAAAAGCAUUAAAGUGGAAAACCUAACUGCACAGUCUAACAACAAACAUCUGCUAGAACUUUACUUUGAACGAUGGGGUGGAGAUGUGGCAAGAGUCGACACAAUGCCGGAGGAGAACGCUGCUAUUGUCACCUUUCAGAAUCCAGAAGCUGUAGAAAAAGUGCUGAAGAAAGAACACCAUAUUGGCAACACUCCAGUCACUGUGUACCCAUAUUUUGAAUCUUUGGGUUUGGCCUUGUAUGGCAAACAUAGACCAACAUGGACUCUACCGAAGCCUUUCACAGAGAAGCUCCACCCUUCCAUCAGGCUGUUUCUUCAGCAGACGGGGCAGGUGUCCUCUGUCUGUGAUCAGAUGGCCUCACAAUUCUGCCGGGUGAACAUGGACAGUGACGAAGUCCUGUUCAGCCCACUUCCUGGCCUGCUCAGACAGAAGGACCUAACCAAGAAACACAUAGUAUCCUGGAGGCAAAACACCGAGGGCUACUUCAGAGUCCUAAUCUCCAACUAUGCUGUUUUUGAGCACGCAGUGAUUCCCUCUCUGUGGGCCACCGUGGAGAAAGACAUCCGUUCCGUAGUGAAAGAUAAAGCAACCCUCAGCAUGGAUGUCUCCACAGGAGUCCUAACGUUGGCAGGGAUGCAGCAGGACGUUAAGCUACUGAAGCCAAUUUUGGAGGAUUUUUUAAGGAACGCAUCGAGCCAGAUAGAGAGAGACAAAAAUAGCACCUCGGACAGCAUGGAGAUGUCCCAGGCCAUGUACUUACUGCUUAUGCAGGAGGGGCUGAAAACCAGCAAUGCAGCUAAAUAUCCAGACCUGAAACUCGUCUAUAAGAAGGACACCAGUCAGUUAAUGUUCCUUGGUCUUCGUAUGGAAAUUGUUGAUGUCAAAAACUGGAUACUUGAGAGGCAACUAAAGGUAGAACAAAAGGCUCUGCAAAUCAACCCUUCAUUGCUAGAAUUCUUGAGAUCGGUUAACUGUGAAGUGAUGUCACAAGAUCUGUUCACAUCCAAGGGAAUUAGCGCUCUCUAUAACGUUGAAAAGGAGGAUAUUGUAUUGAUUGCGAGCUCAGACAGAGUGCUUACUGAGGCUGAGAAGAGACUUGAGACAGUGCUGGCAUUUCAUAGUCUCCACAUAGAGGACCUCAGUCUGAUGAAUAAUCCAGAAUUGUCUACUCUCAUUGAUCAGCUCUGUGAUACUUACAAUUUAUCCAGGAAGAAAACUGUGCUUAUAAAACCCUCUAAACAACAGAACAAACUUAUUGUUUCUGGCUUUAAGGAACCGGUCACAGAGGUCACCAAGACAUUGGAGAGAUUCAUUGAUAGUCACUCAAGGACUGAAGAAGCCAUUCGUGUGAAGUCAAAUGCUGUAGUGAAAUUUAUAAAAGAGAAGAAGUUACAAUCCUGGAAGAAUAUUGUAAAUGUGAAAGUAGAUUUUGAUCUAAAAAGACCCUUGAUCCAAGUUUCUGGAGAGCGCAAAGAUGUCCAUCUGGCCAUGCAGGUUUUUCAGAAAAUUGCAGAUACUCUUCAUACUGAUAAGAUGAUCAUUCAAAAAGCAGGCGCCAAAAAAUACUUCCAGGAGCAGGGCAGUAUGUUCUUGAUGAUGAUAAAGGAACGUAGAUUUGUGAUCGUCCUGGAGGAAAGCUACACGAUGGACGAGAAUGAAGAUGAUUAUGAUAAUAGUGGAACAGAAGACUUCGGGCAGAUGUCCUGUGAGAUUCAGUUCCCUGGUGGGGCCGUCAUCACAGUCAGGAAGGCCAAUAUCUGUCAGUUCAAAGUGGAUGCUGUGGUCAAUGCCGCCAACGAGGACCUGAAGCACAUCGGUGGGGUAGCACUGGCACUACUGAGAACUGCUGGUCCAUGUUUACAAGAAUACAGUGACCAGUAUGUGGCUGCACAUGGGCCUCUGUCCCCUGGGAGUGCCGUCACCACUGAGGGAGGACGUCUGCCGUGCAAAUACGUGGUGCACACUGUAGGCCCCCGUUACUCUGACACAGACAAGAUUACGGCUGUGAAGCGCCUGAGAUGGGCUGUGAGGGGAAGCCUGAACCAAGCCGCGCAGAAGCGCUGCUCCUCCAUUGCCAUCCCGGUCAUCAGCUCAGGGGUGUUCGGCUUUCCUCUAGAACUCUGCACAGAGACGAUCGCCAAGGAGUUGCGGGCCUACGUUGAAGAUCAGAGACGUCAAGGUGGCUUGAUGCCACUGAGGGAGAUUCACAUGGUGGACAAUAAUUCCAGCACUGUAAAUGCCAUGGCUCAGGCUGUUAGGAAGGAGUUUGCAGACUUCAAACCCAAAAUGACCUUUCCACAGCAAAUUGGAUCUCAUAGGCGUGGCAAUCAUAGCCGAGGCCGCCGAGGUCACCGAGGUCACAGAGGUCAAGUUUAUCAUGGUGGUCAAGGUAACCAAGAAAGCAGUUAUCGUGGUCACCAUGCACGUGGACAUGGACACAGAGAUUUUGGGUCAGCGGUUGAUGAUCCACGUGUUUAUAGGGCUACUGAAUCUGUGCCACUUGAACAUGAAAUGCAGUCCAGCAGGCAAUACUCAAAUCCACAGUCUGGGAAUUUGGAUAGGUCAGGCUUGCUUGAAACGCAAUGCACACCAGAGGGAAUCAAAAUCAUUCUACGAAAAGGGAAUAUCCAGGAUGCACUUUCUGAUGUGAUUGUCAACACCAUCUCAGAAGACCUGGAUCUCAGUAAAGGAGCAGUCUCCAAAGCUCUUCUCCAGGCUGCUGGGAAACAGCUCCAGAUAGAAGCUCAAUCUCACGUGGCCAACUCAGGAUCUUCCAGUCUAAAUUAUGGAGACAUAGUGUGCACUGAUGGCUAUAAUUUAAAUUGUGAAAGGGUCUUCCAUACUGUUUGUCCAUUUUGGAAAGGAGGAACGGGUUCAGAAGAUGAGGUGCUGAAGCAAAUUAUUUUAAAUUGCCUUAAAAAGGCAGAGAACCAGAAAAUGGCUUCAAUUUCCUUCCCAGCCAUUGGCACUGGGAACCUUGGCUUCCCAAGAAAUCUGGUGUCCAGCACCCUUCUAAGUCAAAUCCAUAACUUUAGCGCCAAAGUCACACCACAGUACCUUAAGGAGGUGACUGUGAUUGUGCACCCAUCGGACAGCGAGACUGUACAGUGCUUCAUCAGGAGUUUUAGAGUGGGAAAUCAGGGUCCAGUCCCAAAAGGAGCACAUGGCAUUCAGCAGUCACCAGCCAGAAGCUCAACAGAGGCUGCCAGAUCCUCGCAGUCUGCUGGCUUCUUUGGAGCAGUGUCCACUCCAGAACUGGGAAUGCAUUCGGUACAGGUGGGGAAUCUGACCCUAGAGGUGUCAACAGGUGACAUCACCAGAGACAAAAGUGAUGCCAUCGUUAACUCCACCAAUCAGUCGUUUUCUUUGAAAGCAGGAGUCUCCAAGGCCAUUUUAGAUGGGGCUGGAUUAGCAGUGGAACUGGAGUGUGCACAAAUUGUGAAUGGACAACGCCAUCAGCCAAAGGACAUGAUAGUUACCUCAGGAGGUCAGCUCCCAUGCAGAAACAUCAUUCACAUAAUGGGACGAAAUAGCCCUGUGCACAUUAAGGACGCUGUUUACAGUGUCCUAAAGCUGUGUGAGGAAAAGAGGUUCUCGUCCGUGAGCUUCCCAGCCCUCGGCACAGGUCAGGGCGGGGCGAGUGCUUCUGCGGUCGCUGAUGCGAUGAUCGACGCCGUGGUGGACUUUGUGAAGAGGAAGAAAGGAGAGUAUCUACGAAGCGUGAAGUUCACGAUAUUCCAGACAUCCAUGCUGCCUGAGUUCCACAAGAGCAUGCUAAGGAGAGAGCAGGAGAACGUUGGGGAGGAGAACACCAUGAUGGGGUGGAUUAAAGAUAAAUUUGACUCCGUUGCAAACUUCUUUAUGAGAGACAGCGCAGAACGACCUGUAGAUGACUUUGUGAUGGUGGGUGAGGAGUUUGAGCCGGCUGUGUUCCAGCUCUGCGGCGAGAGUCUGAAGGAUGUGACCGAGGCCCGGGAUUUGAUCACCAGCCUUAUAGUGAAAGAGCAGACGAGUUCAACUAUCCAGGAUUCAUUCAUCAGCUGUUUCACCAGAGAGGACGCGGAUGCUCUGAGCGCCCUGCAGAGGGAGCUCUCGGUCAGCAUCCGUCUGGUGAAGAGCGGGCUGGAGCCGGUUAUUAGCGUGGAGGGCCUGACGCGGGACGUGGUAAAGGCGGAGGGUCAGAUCCGUGACAUGAUCCGCAAAGUAGAGAAGGCCGAAACGCGGGGACGGGAAGCCUUUCUUCUCAGCACCAUAGUAGAGUGGCAGUAUCUGAACAGCAAGAACAAACCCGUACCCUUUGACCAUCCCACUAACUAUGACCUGGAGGAGGCAUUUAAACGAAGACUACCUUGCAUUAAAGUCAAGAUCAAUAAUGAAGAGUAUGAGGCUGAUUUAGUAAAAAAAAUAGCGUUUGGAAGAAACGGAGUGAUUGAAUUGAAGAGGACCGACUAUAGGGACAAGCCCUCUGUGUCCUUGCCUCAGAGCUGGGAUGACAUGAAGGGGGACUAUUUUUUGCAAGUUCAAAUUCAGGAAGGCAAGCAGGAGUACACAGAUGUGGAGAACGAGUUCAGGAAAACCGGACUGGCCUCUAAAAUCCUUGAAAUCCAGCGGAUCCAGAACAGUACUCUGUGGAGAAACUACACCAUCCAGAAGGCCCACCUGGAUACCAAGAACAAGCACACAAACAACGAGAGACGCCUUUUCCAUGGCACUGGUCCUGACAAUAUAGACAAGAUCAGCCGUAAUGGCUUCAAUCGCAGCUACGCUGGGAUGCAUGGGGCCAUGUAUGGGAAUGGUGUAUAUUUCGCUGUGGACCCGGCGUACUCUGCCCAAGGCUACUCCAAAGCAGACACGCAGGGUCAUAAGCGCAUGUUUCUGGCCAGGGUGCUCGUGGGGGAGUACACCAAAGGGAAGAGCACCUUUCUCGCUCCACCAGCCAAGAGCAACUCUUCCAUUGACCUGUACGACAGCGUCACUGACAACCAGCAAAACCCGUCAAUGUUUGUGAUCUUUCACGACGUGCAGGCUUACCCAGAAUACCUGAUCAUAUUCCAGUAAACAUGGGGGGAAUUCCAGUUGUGGUUAAUUCUUAUCAGUGACUCUUUAUUGUGGAAUAAACAUUAGUGGACUUGAUAGAUUAAAGAACACGGACAUCUCUAUUGCUGCAGUGUAGUUGGUAGUUAUUGCUAUUAGGUAAUGAAGUACAGAUUCUUAUGGAAUACUUGCAGAUUGAAAUUGUUUGAAUUGAUUUUCAAAAUGUAUUGGUGAAGGAAAAUCUACUGAAUUCAUUUAUGUUUGUUCAUCACUUUCCCAUAAUAUUCAGAUAUGGUAAUUAAUAGUCUCAUAACUAUGCAAUACUACACAUGUCCACAAGGAGGCAGGAUGCAGCUCCUACCAUUACUCUCGGUUUUCCCAGUUUUUCAAUGUUGUCUUUUCCUUUGAUUCUCUUACUAAACUGUGAUGUGCAAAGCACUGUAAUAUUA